GGACGGCGAUCGGCAGGGCUCAGGCCCUUGUGCCGAGAUAACAGGUCGAGACUCCGCAGCACGGCGGGAAGAGUAGGUGAGACGGCCGGAGGUGUUGGCCGCUCUGGGCUCGUCUGGGAGGCAGGCGCGGGAAGGGCCUUCCUUCCUUAUCCCCGACUGUGGCUCGGUCGUCUCUCCCGAGGUUUCUCCGCACCGGGAGCUUUGCAGCGGGCUUCAAUGAUACAGGAAGGCACUUAGCAUGGCAUCUGGUAACUAGGAAGGUUUCUUGCUCUUUCACUGGCUAGGUGAUUUCUCUCCAGCCAUGCGGCUCUCUGCCCUGAUGGCCUUGGCAUCCAAGGUCCCUCUGCCCCCCAACUACCGCUAUGGGAUGAGCCGCCCAGGCUCCCUGUCAGACAAGAGGAAGAAUCCUCCAGGGACUAGGCGGCGCCGGGUGGCCGUGGAACCCAUCUCUGACGAAGAUUGGCACCUGUUCUGUGGAGACAGGGUGGAGAUCCUAGAAGGCAAGGACGCCGGGAAACAAGGCAAAGUGGUUCAAGUUAUCCGGCAGCGAAACUGGGUGGUCCUGGAGGGACUGAAUACACAUUACCGCUACAUUGGCAAGACCAAGGAUUACCGGGGAACCAUGAUCCCUAGCGAAGCACCCUUGCUCCACAACCAGGUCAAACUUGUGGAUCCUGUGGACAGGAAACCCACUGAGGUAGAGUGGAGAUUUACUGAAGCAGGAGAGCGGGUACGAGUCUCCACAAGAUCAGGAAGAAUUAUCCCCAAGCCUGAUUUUCCCAGAACUGAUGGCAUCGUCCCUGAAACAUGGAUUGAUGGCCCUAAGGACACAUCAGUGGAAGAUGCUCUAGAAAGAACCUAUGUGCCCCGUCUAAAGACACUGGAAGAGGAGGUGAUGGAGGCAAUGGGCAUCCAGGAGACUAGGAGACACAAGAAGGUCUAUUGGUACUGACCUGGGGAGAGCAGCUUCUCCCCUCCUCGCCUUAGCCUUCAGGCCAGGCCGUCUCUCUUCAGGCACCAAUAAAGAGCCAUGAAUACCC